GCGUGGUGUGGUGUGUCUGUGGGCGGUGAUUGGUCCUCACUGGUGUGGCCGUGUUCUGAUUGGUUGCGGCUGUUGCCUCUCACUCCCUGGCUUGUGUGGGAGAUGUUAUUCUGGCGUGUGAUUGGUGGGCGGUGUACGGCUGUGUUGCCGGGUGAUGCGGAAGUGUUAGUCGGGGCUGCGGGCGGAGCAGGUGUGGAUGCACGCGGAGGGAGAUCGGUGAGCGGGACUGAUCGGCAGAAAAUUGGGACGUAUUCUAGAGUACACGGAAGUGUAAGAGUUGGGGGGUCCCUUUUUCCCUGGGGCUCCCAGACAUGCUGUCUUUGAAGAAGUAUCUGACGGAGGGUCUUAUCCAGUUCACCAUUCUCCUGAGCCUGAUGGGUGUUCGUGUGGACUUGGAUUCAUAUCUGCCCUCUCACCUGCCCCCUUUGCACGAGAUCAUCCUGGGGCCUACAUCUGCCUAUACACAGACUCAGUUCCACAGCCUUCGUGGUACCUCUGAAGGCUAUGGGGUUCACCCCAAGAGUGUGGACUUGGACCAGUUUUUCACCUCCCGCAGACUGCUAAGCCGCAUGCGUGCGUUGGACAGACUGCAGGUGCCCAGCACAGAGCUUGAUGCCUGGUUAGUGCACAGGGAAGCUGAUGGCUCUGUGUCUAGUGCUCAGACUGGUUCCAGCCGGUCUGCGGACAGUCCUCAGAACCUCCCGACUUCAGAGAGCAGCCUCAGGGACAGCAUAGACAAUGAACCAGGACGUGCAUCAGAGGAACUGGGAGCGUCUGCUCAGUGUGAAAACACAGAACUUGUAAAAGAGGAAAUUGAUCCGAUAGAUAUUUUAUGGCUUCAGGAUAUUGACCUUGGAGCUGGGCGAGAGGACUUUGAGAGUCGCCAGAAUCACAAAGACAAUGAAGAUGCUUGGGAAUCCUUGGGUGAUAGCUCAGGAAGUGAAGACGUGGAACACAGAAUACAGGUGGAUGGGGAGACUGGAGAAAAUGUACCCCAGGAGGGCCAGACAGCGAUGUCAUUGGCAGAAUGCCUGAGUCUCCUGGAUGACACUUUCCAGUUUGAUUCUACAGAGUUUCCAGCUCCUGCCCCAACAAAUAUCUUGGAUACAGAGCCAGGCCAGACAGGUUUAGAACAAGCAGAUAGUCUGCUGUCUCCAUUUCUACCAAAUAUUGAUACCCCUCUGGACUUAGAAGAGCAGUGGCAGGACCUAAUGUCACUCAUGGAUAUGCAGCCCAUGGACAUCAACGGUUCAUCUGAGGACCCCUUAUAUCUAAGCAUGGACCCAUCGCUCCAGCAGAACGAAGGCAUUAAUCAAACAGCUUUUCAAGGUUGUUCUCAAAAUAUGUCUCUCUACAGUCCCCCCAUGGAGCAUUUUGCUGUCCCGGAAUCCCCACUGCCUCAGCUGUCCUCUCAUAACUCUACCGACCUGAAUUCCACUUUUGGGUUUACAAACUUUUCUGGAAUUUUGUUUCCUUCCCAGCAGAAUAGUACAGCUAAUGUAACGUCCACUAAUGUCCUACAAGACCCACUUGGUGGAAUCCUGGAUGAGGCUUUGCUGGAUGAAAUUAGCCUUAUGGAGCUAGCAAUGGAGGAAGGAUUUAGCCAGAUGCAGACCUCACAGCUUCAAGAAGAGCUAGAUUCAGAUUCUGGCCUCUCUCUGGACUCUCACCGUAGCCCAGUGUCACCUAGUGGGUCUGAGACCUCUUCAUCUUCCUGCUCAUCUUCCUCCUCCUCCUCCUCUUUCUCUGAGGAGGGAGCUGUAGGAUACAGUUCUGAUUCUGAGAUGGUGGAGCAUGAUGAGUCAGAAGAGUCCAUUGGUUACCAGCCAGAAUACAGCAAGUUUUGUCGAAUGAGCUCUGAGGACCCUAGCCAAUUUCAACGCUUGCUCUUUCUUGAGCAUGUUGGGCAUAAUCAUACCUACAAUAUGGUUCCUGAAGAGCCAGAGGAGGAACCUGAACCUUCAAUGGGAAGAGGCAGUAGAAGAUCUUCAGGGUUUAUAGACCGGCAAGCAGGGAGAGAUGAACAGAGAGCAAGAGCUAUGAAGAUUCCCUUUAGUAACGAGAAGAUUAUUAACCUACCUGUAGAGGAAUUUAAUGAGCUGCUGACCAAGUACCAACUUACUGAGGCACAGCUUUGCUUAGUACGAGAUAUUCGCAGGCGAGGAAAAAACAAGAUGGCAGCUCAAAAUUGCCGCAAGAGAAAAUUGGACACUAUUGUGAACCUGGAACAAGAGGUGAAGCGUUUAAGUCGGGAACGCAGCUCUCAGUUGAGAGAAAAAGGUGAAAACUUGAGAUCACUCCAGAGAAUGAAGCAGGAAGUGGAAAGCCUUUAUCAGGAAGUGUUUAGCCAGCUUAGAGAUCAAGAAGGUCGGCCAUACUCUGCUCAGCGAUACGCCUUACACUACACCAGCAAUGGCAACAUAGUACUCAUGCCACGCAAUGCAGAGGGCCAACAAAGCCGACGUUCAGAGAGGAAGGAUCGGAGGAAGUGAUGUAUAUGUAUUUGAACUCAGGAAUCUUACAGGACAGCGGGUGUGGGCUGUGCUUUCAUUCAGGCCUCUGUAUUAAACCUUUCACAUAAGACUGACCCCAUUGAGUGAUGAGGUAGCUGUCGACACAUACCGAGGGCCAGGGGCUUUGUCCUGUCUGUAUCUGGGCCCCGUCUGUCCAGGAAUGAGGAGGAGGCCAGCUGGGCCUGCGGACAGAAGCAUGCCCAGGAAUCGUACACUUAAGCUGAUAAAGGGGAGGUUGAAAACCAUUUUCCUUUUUAGUUCUUGAUCCUAUAAUGUCUAAAAUUUUAGGCAACAAUGUCAGGAUAUGAAGAGUCAGUUUGCAUGGGGGCCCGACCUGUCCUUUUUUUAAAUGGAUAUCUGGGCACAGUGCUAUAGGGUGGUCCCUGUAGUAUAUGAAGCGAUUUGGGAUGAGCAGCAUAACUGAUAGUCUGGACUCCUGAGCCUCCUAAAAACAAAGCAAACAAAGGUGUCUUUGAAAAUGGUUGUUAAAUGUAUAUUGAAUACGUUGUCUUCUUUGUUGUGUUCAGAUUUAUGGGGCUCAGAGAUUCCUGGCAAAGAUAACUGUUUGCAACCUUAAAAGAUUGGCAAGUCAUUUAUUUUUUAACUCUGCAAUCCAGUUUUUACCACUUUUAAGAGAUGCUUGAACCCCCAAAUUGCCAGACAGGGCAUGACCUGAUCACCGAAAGGCCAUGUGCCAGUGGUAGCAGCAUCCAAGAAAUGCCGUGGAAGAGGGCAGGAUGGUGUGUCUGUACUAUGAAUUCCUAUGUUUAGCAGGAAUUGUUUCUUGAGGGAUUAGCAGUCAGUAACUGGAUCCUUUUGCUCAUUCUAUAAAAUUCACGUGAUCAGUUAGGUUUAGAGUUUGCCAAGUAUGAUAACUAUGCACGUUCCAUAAUACAUCAUACUGGAACUAGAACAACAAUGUAUGGAAGGCUUUUUUUUUUAUUUUUAUUUAUUUAGAAUAAACUGAUUUUGUGAUAGACUCUCUAAACCAAA